AUGCCUGCUCCAACCUCCUCCGCGGCUGCUGCUGCCAACGCCGUUCAGCAGGCUGCCUCUUCCUCGACCAUGGCGCCACUCAACGCUGACCUCCUCCAGAUCACGCUCAACGAGAACGCACCCGCACCAGACUUCGAGAAGCUCGUCUUCGGUCAGAAGUUCUCCCCACACAUGCUCAUCGUCGAAUGGAACCACAAGUCUGGCUGGGGUGUUCCCAAGAUCCAGCCCUACGGCCCCCUUUCCCUGUCCCCUGCCGCUCCUGUCCUCCACUACGCCAGCGGUCUCUUUGAAGGCAUGAAGGCCUACCGCUCCGCUGAUGGCUCUGGCAAGAUCCGUCUCUUCCGUGCAGACAAGAACAUGGAGCGCAUGAAUCGAUCCGCUGCUCGCGCUGGUCUGCCCACCUUCGACGGUGAAGAGUUCAUCAAGCUCAUCAAGACCCUUGUUCGCAUCGACCGAGACUACGUUCCUCACGGCGAGGGUCAGACUCUUUACCUCCGUCCUACACUCAUUGGCACACCAGACACACUCGGCAUGGGUGUCCCCACCGAGGCCAAGCUAUACUGCAUCUGCAGCCCCGUUGGCAACUACUACUCUUCCGGCACUGGUUCCAAGCCCGUCUCGCUUCUUGCACGCACUGAUGUCGUCCGAGCAUGGCCUGGCGGAACUGGCUGCUACAAGCUCGCUGCCAACUACGCUGGUGCCACUCGCCCCGCCAUGGACGCUUUGCUGGAAGGCUACCACCAGGUCCUUUGGCUCUUCGGCCCUGACAGACAGCUCACUGAGGUAGGCGCAAUGAACCUCUUUGUCGUCUUUCGUGACCAGGGUGUUGACUCGGAAAGCACACGAUACGAAGUUGCCACCGCCGCUCUUGACGACGGCACCAUUCUCCCUGGUGUUACACGAGACACCAUCCUGUCGCUUCUCCAUGCCUACAAGGCAGGAAACGUGCAGAUCGAAGGAUUGCCCAAGCCCGAGCUGAUCGAUGUUGUCGAGAGAAAGGUGACGAUGGACGAGAUCAUUGAGAAGGCCGAGAAGAGCCAGAUCGCUGAAGUGUUCGGCUCAGGAACUGCUGCUGUAGUCUGCAGUGUCGACAAGAUCGGCUUUGAGGGCAUGGACAUCCCCAUCCCUAUUCAGGCGGACGGUAUGGGCGCUUUCAUGCGCACGAUGCUCAGGGAGGUCACUGGAAGGCAGUGGGGUGCCAUUCCUUGUCCUGAGUGGAGCACUGUCUGCUAA